CUUUCCAUUUUUCAUCUUUCCGUUAGGGGGGCAUAAAAUCAAUACUGUACGAGAGUGCGCGAGCCCCCCUCCAUUGGGCGUAACUAACGCCACUUUCCUCGGGGGGCAAAAUGCUCGAAAAUCAAUUCCCGAAAAAAAUACUUCGCUGCUUGUGAAUCGCUCAUCGAAAAUUGCGAUAAAAUCGAAACAUCUCCGGCGCGAUAAAUGCUAGCCACCAGCAUAACACAUCUCUGAUUUGUGAUAGGCGAAGUGUUGUUUUUCAUAUCUUUUUCUUUAUUUUUAAAAUUGUGAAAGGUUAUAAAGAUGACUUCCAAACUAUUGCAGUGGAGUGAUCGAAUGCCUUCACUAAAUAACCUAUUUUUGGAUCUAUUUGAGACAAACACCCUAAAUGAUGUUACACUUUCCUGCCAGGAUGGCUUUCUCAGAGCACAUAAGAUCAUCCUCUCAGCAUGCAGUCCAUACUUCAAAAGCAUCUUUGAGGAGAACCCAUGCAAGCAUCCCACAAUUGUACUCCGGCGGAUCCAAAUGGAGGAUAUGUCCAAGAUACUUGAAUACAUCUAUCUGGGUUCCAUCUCAGUGCACCCCACAAAGUUGGAUAACAUCAUUAAAAUUGGAUCUGAUUUAGGAAUCGAAGGAUUUCAAAACUACUUUACCAAAGACAUUAAAGUCACAGUAAAUAGCAUAGCAGAGACGCAAACAAACAAAAAUGAGACUCUUUCAGGCAUUUCUGUGCUUCCUAAAUUAGAACCCAAGCAGGAAGAUCUUCUGGAGGUAAUUGGUGAAACUAUAAUAAUAAAGAAUGAAGAGAUCCCAAAGUCAGAAGCAUCUGGCCAUGUUAAGAGGAACCUGUCUGCACAUAAAUCAUUCACCUGUGAUUUCUGUAAUAAAGAAUUCACAAGAGCUUCCCAUCUAAUUAGACAUAGGAGAGUACAUACUGGAGAAAGACCUUUUGUCUGUGAAACUUGUGGUAAAGACUUUGCAAGACAGGACAAAUUGAAGUUGCACAUCAGGUCCAGUCACGAUAAUGAAUUGACUUUCCGACCGUUUCAAGAAGAAAUGUGCAGUGAAGACGAUUCGGAGAGUGAACCUGUAGAGCACGUAACGUUGGAAAAUUUGUGCUCUUCUGGCGAAGAAAACAAGAAAGAAAAGAGGAGACGUGGUCGACCACGAAAACAUCCCUUAGAACAGCUCCCGUACAAGGUUAAACGCCCCAGGGGUCGACCAUGCAAGAAGAAGAUGGACGAGACGAACGAAACAAAUAACUUCGACAUCACAACGUUGCCUUACGGAGACUUAGGUUAUUUGACGAGCCCGCAACUCGAGGAAGAGGUUGAGAACAUGAAGUUCGAGCCAUUGGUAGAGAUCAAAACGGAAGUUGUCGACAUCGAGUAUCAAAGCGAACAAGAUUCAUUGGCUAAUCAUCUUGGCAAAAUCGGCGAAUGCACGAUAAGUAUGGGCUGAAGCUGAAGACUCAUUAAAAUUUAAUUGGUUUUUUUUUUGAUAUAAUCAAACCAUAAUAUCGAUUUUGUCAUGAUACAAGUGUUUCAUACUUUGUAUCAUGCUUUUGUUAUGGAUCAUCAUUUAAUUUCCAAGAAUUUAAGGACAACAGGGAGCAUCUUGCAAUAAAAAAAUACAUUUAAAAAAUGUAAAAUGCAUCUUGUAUUUAUUUUUCACAAGCACAUAUAACAGGUUAUAUAUGUUAAAUGCAUAUUGUCUUUUGGUCCAAAUAUUAUAUUUUUGUACCAUGGGUAAUGUUGUUUCCUUGAUGGAACAGAGAAAUAUUUAUAAUUUUAUAUAAAUUCAACAAUGAAGUUAGAAUGGUUAUAUUAUAUAACUUGAAGAGAAAAGAAACUUGUAUAUAUAAGAAAAUGUAUUUUUUGAAAUCUAAAGAAAUCUGCAACCAAAAAGAAAGUACAAACAUAGAAGCACAACUUAUUUUUAAUUUUUCAAAGUAUGAUUAUUAUUGUUUUGUGUCUACUAAAUAUGUAUAUACUAUUUAUUGCUGUAAUAUAAGCAAGUGAAAUGGACCUAAUGAU